AUGGUCCAGAUAUGGCGUAAUUAGGGUCAUUAAGGCUCCAGCUGAAUGUGAAUGGUUUGGUGUCGCCGCGUUUAGAGCAUCUUAUUAUGCAUACACAUUGAGAGGGUCAGUUGGGGGUGCAAAUGGGUGGGAUUGUGGGUACGAACAAAACAGGGGGAGGAGAGAAGGCCGACAUAAUUCAAAUUCAAAGUGGCGAAGUGUCUCCAUUGUCAGAAAUGAGGCGUACCCAUAUAUAGCUAAUCACAGCGUCAUGCACUGCAUUUCAAAUAACUGCCCCGCACAAAAGUGGAGUCUAGUCAAACACUAAAGCCAUACUGUUGGCUAUACCUGGUUGGUUACAUGAGAUCGGACUACCUGAACAGACGCGCAUAUUCACACAGCCAUGACCAGGCCCGGCUACACACGGAUUGCUCUACUCUUUUUAAUUACGCUGGCCGGGACCACCGGGGGCCAGUGUCGUACGCUGCAAACCUGGAUUUCCAAGUCCUCAUUUUUUCCUGACGGACAUGAUGUCUUUAAUACAUACGUCCAACCGAGACGUCGGCGGCGAGACACAUUGGAGACUCAACGGGAACAUUGCGCGCUCUUGGCUGCACCGUGGAUGGAGUCAACAGGACAUUUCGAAGGCGAAGGACAGUUAUACAGGCUUAGGGUGCUCUCUUUGUCGGAGGAGGGUCCACGGCGUACCGUCUUCCCCGAGCAGCCGCUUUUUCGUUUCGUUCGACGCGUUUACCGGUGCUGUCAGAUGGGUUUCCAUUGUCGGGGAGUAAAGGGCAUUCAAGGCAGACUAAAUGGAGGCUCUGAAGUGGAGUUUUUGCUCAGCGCGGAUGUCCUGUCAGUGCCUGUGGUGAGAGCUGAAGUGCAUCUUCACAUUGUAAACCCAAAUCACCUUACAGUGGAGCCAUGGCUGCCCGCUGUGGCAAAGCGUGAUAAAAGAUCAUACACACGGUACAGCAUAUGGUCAAAGGAUGAGGUGGUGGAGCUGCGAGUCGACCUGCUGUUCCUUUUCCAGAGCCUCCAGGCGGUGGCCAGGGGUGUCCAGCGAGGACCCGGACUGGCGGACCUCCGAAGGGUGGGGCGCCUGGCUAGGCUGAGGGGAGAGAGCCUGGGGGGUGGUCAGAACCCUUGGUCUCUCCAGGACACCGAUGGUGAAAUGUGGGGGGGAGGGGAGAACUUUCUGAGGUCUGCUCUGGAGCUUGGCCUGCUGCUGCACUGCAGCAGGGGAGGGGCAGAGGUGCCAUGUGCGGAGAAUGGUGUGAGCCUUCUCCACGCUCCUUUCAUUGCCCUCUCCUACAGAUAGAACCUGCACUCUUACUCAGUCCUCCAUUUCCACAUCUCCAUUUGCUUUCCUGGGCCUUACCUGCCAUUUUGGAAGCUCUGUGCACUCAGAUCUCCCAAAACUCCAUAUCCCAUAAUGCCAUAAUGCCUGGGUAAUUGCACUUCAGUAAAUGCUUGAAUAUUUUAAGUUAUAUUAAAUGUUUUUGUUCUGUUGUUUGUAACAAUGUAGUUUUGUAAACCUGUAAAUAGUGUAUAUAACCACAUAGCUUAUAUCAACUGUACUUUUGUUCUUAUUAAAAUAUGUUUGAGACUA